GUCAAAAUUAAUUUCUCGGUCCGCCUCAUCUUAUUUUAUAACCCCUCUCGUUUUGUUUUAACCCUUCUAUCUUUUCCUAUUACUACGCUUUUGUAUAGAAUCAUCAUUCCUCUUUACAAAAAGGUCUACUUUUGUUGACGCGUACUGGAUAAAAAGAUAAACAUUUGUAUAACAAUCUAGUUUUUGGCAAGAAGAUCAAAUAAUAAAAAAAAAACUAGUUGCAGCUUAUACCAUCAUCCCCACUUCAUUAGUUGAUAAAAGAACCAACUAUAAUGCUUGACGAGGAUACUUCAUUCCAACCGUCAUCAUCUAUUAUUACACCUGCCGCCGAGGUGUUGCUAUUAUUUGAUCAUCGCAAACUCCAGGAUUACUUCGAACAAUUAUUACCUUUAGUCUUAGAUGCCGAGGUCUCUGAUUUAGAAAACACCCUCUUUGCUUAUCCUGACACUGCAGAAAAAUUCAAACGCUUCGCUAAUGACCCUCAAACACCAGUCAUCUUUAUUCUCAAGGAAAAGGAAGGUGGCAAAGAUGAAGAUGAUGUUUCAUCACCUCCAACUUACUCUUAUACCGUUUCUCAUGAAAUCACAUACCUCCCAACUCAUGUUGGAUCUCUUGCUGUUAUCAAGCGUUUACCUACCCUUGAUCAAUUAAGACCUCUUCAAAACCAGUUACAGCUGAUUAAUUUGCCUGGUGCUAAUUCCGGAGAACCAGGUCAAACUAGUGCAUACGAAUUCUUGCAUUCGUAUAUCCAUUUGGCGGUCAGUCCUUAUUUUAAUGCUUAUGUCAAUGCUAGACAUGGUAAGACCGGCAACGAAGCUAGUUCAAAGAGUAAGAACGAAGACAACAAAAUGGGUGUGCCUAUGGCCAAGAAGAAAAUGGCAGAACUGGAACUGAGUUUAUUACAUCUUCAGCAGAACGUUGAGAUCCCCGAAAUUGCUCUCAAUAUUCAUCCUGUGAUCCAAAAGGCUGUAGACAAGUGCCGCGAGCAAAAUAAGCGUGUUACCGUCGAAGCUGUCGAUCCUACUCUUUUUUCUGAUUCAUCUUUCCUUAACAAACUUCAAGGUGAUGUCAAUGGUUGGAUCAAGGAAAUCCAAAAAGUCACAAAAAUGUCCCGUGAUCCUGCAAGCGGCACUGCAAUCCAAGAAAUUAACUUUUGGCUGAGCAUGGAGCGUGCCUUAGAAAAGAUCGACGAGCAGCUUAAGAGUGAUCAAAUUACCUUAACUUUGGAUAUUCUUAAACAUGCAAAGCGUUUCCACGCUACAGUCAGUUUUAUUGCUGAUACUGGCCUCAAGGAAGGCAUGGAGCUUGUGCACAAGUAUAAUCAGUUGAUGAAAGAUUUCCCUUUAAACGAGCUUUUGUCUGCAACCGACUUGGAUAAGAUCAGAGACUCCUUGCACAUGAUUUUCGGCCAUCUUAACAAGAAACUCAAGCUGUCACCUUACCCUAUUCGCCGUGCACUUCCUUUAGUUGAAGCCAUUUCGCGCGAUUUAAAUGACCAACUUUUAAAGGUUCUCGGCAGUCGUCGUAUGAUGUACAUGGAGUAUGAUGACUUUGAGCGUACAACAGCAGGUGCUGAAGCUGUUUUCCAUACUUGGGAUGAAUUGAUUAAAGAGUUUACUAAUGUUGCUCGUGAUGUAACUCGUAAGAGAUCUGAAAAGUUCUUACCCAUUAAGAUCAACCCAGCACACGCAAAGUUACAAGAGAGAGUCAUUUUCGUGCGUGCCUUCCGUAAGCAACAUGAACAACUUCAUCAAACAAUCGUUCGUGUCAUGACCAGCCCUCGUGCCAAGAAAGCAACUGUUGUUGUUGACGGACAAGUCAAGUCUGUUAUGGAGGAAGAGGAGAGCGUCAGCAUAAGUGAUAUCAAUGCUGUUGAGGAAGUUAAACUUGCUUACGAAAGUGUCAAGAAUAUCGACGUCCUUGAUGUAUCACCCGAGGGAACAGAGAUUUGGGUACAAGCAGAGACAGCAUAUAAUGAGCGUGUGUCUCGUGUUGAAAAUCAAAUCAUUGCUCGAUUGCGUGAUCGCUUGGGUACAGCCAAAAGUGCCAAUGAAAUGUUCCGUGUGUUUUCCAAGUUCAAUGCACUUUUCGUUCGCCCCAAGAUUCGUGGUGCUAUUCAAGAAUAUCAAACUCAAUUGAUUGAUAGUGUCAAAGAAGACAUUAACAAAUUGCAUGAUAAAUUCAAAAUGCAGUACAGAAAUUCUGAAGCUUAUCAUAUGGCUCAAUUGCGUGAUUUGCCUCCUAUUUCUGGUGCCAUCAUCUGGGCUCGUCAAAUUGACCGUCAAUUGUCUCUUUAUAUGAAACGUGUUGAGGAUGUUCUCGGUAAGGGCUGGGAGCUUUAUGCCGAAGGUCAAAAGCUUCAAGCAGAAAGUAGUAGUUUCCGCAAGAAGUUGGAUACUCGCCCCAUCUACGAAAACUGGCUCCAAGAAAUUAUGAAGCGAGAUCUUUCUGUUUCUGGCCGUAUUUUUGAAAUCUCGCGUAAUCGUGUACAAAAAAACACGUUGUUGCUUGGUGUCAAUUUCGACGGUCAAAUCAUUACCCUUUUCAAGGAAGUCAGAAAUUUGCUUUGGUUAAACUUCCAAGUCCCUCAUACCAUUUCUAAUGUCGCUAAAGAUGCUAAGCGUGUUUAUCCUUUUGCUGUCAGCUUAAUGGAAACUGUCCGUACUUUUUCUCAAACUGUUCACAAAGUUAACCGUAAUCCUGAUAUUGCUACCCUUGUCGCUGGUUAUCGCAACGAAGUCCACAAUAUGAUUACCAAAGGUAUUAACUUACGUUGGGACUACUUUGUCAACACUUACGAUGCUCACCAUCGUCCAUUAUCCUAUUUGACUGGUACUCCUUUGGAUGCUCGCGAAAACAGACAUGUUAUGUUUGUUCGUGAAUUUGCUAAUGUUGUGUCUGUAUUCCAAGACAAAGUCGAUGCAUUGAUUGGAUAUUAUGAUGAAAUCACUAAGGGUGUCGAUGAAAUGAAAGCAUGCCCUUACCAAGCUGAAAGAUUUGAGGAUGAUUUGAGCCGUGUUCAAAAGCUUAUUGAUAGAUUGAAUCUGGAAAAUUAUUCCAAUCUCGAUCAAUGGGUCGCUGGUUUAGAUAAGCGUAUUGAAACUGUCUUGAUUUCCCGUUUGCAACAAGCCAUUCGUUCUUGGACCAGUGCAUUUAUGGGGGUCACAGAAGACGCAAUUAUUCCCGAAGCUAGUGCUUCUAAGAGCAGACGUAAGAGAAAGGCCGGAGCUCAUCGUGAUAGUAUUGCUACAGUCGAAGAAACAGCUAUUGUGGUCCAAAAGUCUCCUGAUGUCAAACCUGACCUUCAACCUAUCGUGCAUGAAAUUCGUAUCCGUAAUCAACUUAUGUACCUUGAUCCUCCAAUUGAGCAAGCUCGUACUAGUUGGUGGUUUCAAUUACAUGAUUGGUUAGCAGUCGUUUGUCACCUUCCUCGUAUUCAAAGUUCUCGUUACGAAGGAGGCUUGAGUGUAAGAGAUAACCCAUCCAUUGAAAAGACCUAUGCUAGCUUAUUAACCCGUAUGGGUGAUAACUCGCUCGAGCACGCUUACCAAAUUGUCGAAGAUAAGAUUCGCCAAGUCUCUGAUUAUGUCAACAUUUGGUUGCAAUAUCAAUCUCUUUGGGAUUUAGAGUCAAGUCAUGUCUUUACUAUCCUUGAGGAUGAUCUUGGUAAAUGGCAGCAGAUCUUAUUGGAGAUUAAGAAAGCUCGCUCUACCUUUGAUAAUUCCGAAACUGAACAAUCAUUUGGUCCUCUUGUUGUCGACUAUGAACAGGUGCAAAGCAAGGUCAAUCAAAAGUACGAUCAAUGGCAACGUGAAAUUCUCAAUAAGUUUGGUUCUCUUUUGGGUUCUUCUAUGAAGGAUUUCCACACAUCUGUUUCCAAGGCUCGUUACGAGUUGGAGCAACAAUCUAUUGAAAGUAACUCUACUGGUGAAGCUGUCACAUUUAUUACCUUUGUUCAAGAUUUGAAGCGUAAGGUGGCUAAGUGGAGUCAGGAUGUUGACCUCUUCAGACAAGGCCAAAAGACAUUGGAACGUCAGCGUUUCCAAUUUCCUAACGACUGGGUUUAUGUCGAUCAAGUUGAUGGUGAAUGGAGUGCAUUUAACGAGAUUUUGAGUAGAAAGAACAAUGCUAUCCAAGAACAAAUAGCUGGUUUACAAAUGAAGAUUGUAGCCGAAGAUAAGGUCGUUGAGCAAAAGAUUCGUGAUAUCUGCGCCGAAUGGGAAAAGAAUAAACCUGUUCAAGGUGAUAUUAAGCCUGAUAUCGCCACCAACACUUUAUCCAUCUUCGAAGGUCGUGUUACACGUCUUAAAGAAGAAUAUGACAUGGUUUGUCGUGCAAAGGAGGCACUCGAUUUGGAACAAACUUCUGAAGAUCGCUUGGAUCCUGUUCUUGAAGAACUCCGUGAUUUGAAGUCCGUUUGGACAUCUCUCGCUCGUGUCUGGCAAUCAGUUUACGAAAUUCGUGACACUCCUUGGUCUUCAGUUGUACCUCGUAAAGUGCGUGGUCAUAUCGACGAACUUGUCAACUCCACAAAGGAAAUGCCUAAUCGUAUGAGACAAUACGCAGCUUAUGAAUUCAUGCAGGAUACCCUCCGUCAACUUUUACGAGUCAAUCCUCUUGUAGGUGAUCUUAAGUCCGAAGCUCUUCGUGAACGUCAUUGGCGUCAAAUCUUCAAAUCUCUCCGUAUUGAAGGUCGUUUUACUUUGUCUGAGAUGACCAUCGGUCAUUUAUGGGAUCUUGACUUGAAACGUAAUGAAUUGGUUAUUAAGGAUGUAAUUUUACAAGCUCAAGGUGAAAUGGCUUUAGAAGAAUUCUUAAAACAAAUCAAGGAAACCUGGACUGGUUAUGUUUUGGACCUCGUUAAUUACCAAAACCGUUGUAGACUUAUCCGUGGCUGGGAUGAUUUAUUCACCAAGUCAGGUGAGCAUAUCAAUUCAUUGACUGCCAUGAAGCUCUCUCCUUAUUACAAGGUGUUCGAAGAAGAUGCUGCUGCCUGGGAAGAUAAGUUGAACCGUGUCCAUGUCUUAUUUGAUGUCUGGAUUGAUGUUCAACGUCAAUGGGUCUACUUGGAGGGUAUUUUUAGUGGUAGUGUUGACAUCAAACAUUUGCUUCCUGUCGAAACAUCUCGUUUCCAAAGUAUCAAUACCGAGUUUUUGACUGUCAUGAAAAAGGUCUAUAAAUCUCCUUUUGUCAUGGAUGUGCUCAAUAUUCCCAAUAUCCAAAAGUCUUUGGAACGUCUCGCUGAAUUAUUAAGCAAGAUCCAAAAGGCACUUGGUGAAUAUCUUGAACGUGAGCGUUCUUCCUUCCCUCGUUUCUAUUUCGUCGGUGAUGAAGAUUUGCUUGAAAUCAUUGGUAACAGUAAAGAUAUCUUGCGUAUCCAGAAGCAUUUUAAAAAGAUGUUUGCCGGUAUUUCUACCAUCUUGUUGGAUGAAGAACAAACCGCUAUUACUGGUAUGGCGUCCAAAGAAGGUGAAGAGGUUAUGUUCAAGACUCCUGUAUCUAUCAAAGAAAAUCCCAAAAUUAAUGAUUGGUUGACUCUUCUUGAAAAUGAAAUGCGCGUGUCACUCGCAUUGCUUUUAAACGAUGCUGUUACUGAACUUGAUGCCAUAUAUAAUGCCGACGAAAUGAGCUCUCCUGCCUUUAUGGAAUGGAUUGACCGUUAUCCUGCUCAGCUCGUUGUGUUGGCUGCUCAAAUUAUCUGGACCCAAUCGGUCGACAAAUCCUUAACUACCAUCGAUGAAGCUGGAACUGGUGACCAAACCCCUCUUCAACGUUCUGUAGAGCUUGUUGAAAGAAACCUUAACAUUUUAGCUGAUGCUGUCUUGUUGGACUUACAAGUUAACAAACGUAGAAAGUGUGAACAUCUUGUCACAGAGCUUGUCCAUCAACGUGAUGUUACUCGUCAGUUAACUGUUGACAAGAUUUCUUCUGCGAAGGAUUUCAACUGGCUUUAUCAAAUGCGUUACUACUUUAACCACGCCGUUGAAAAUCCUAUCGAACGUUUGACUAUUAAUAUGGCCAAUGCUCAAUUCUUCUAUGGUUAUGAGUAUCUUGGUGUUGUUGAUCGACUUGUUCAAACUCCUUUAACCGAUCGUUGUUAUUUAACCUUGACUCAGGCUCUCGAACAAAAACUUGGUGGUUCACCUUUCGGUCCUGCUGGUACCGGUAAGACAGAAUCCGUCAAAGCUUUGGGUGUUCAACUUGGCCGUUUCGUGCUCGUCUUUUGUUGUGAUGAAACCUUUGAUUUCCAAGCUAUGGGACGUAUUUUCAUUGGUCUUUGUCAAGUAGGUGCGUGGGGCUGUUUUGAUGAGUUCAAUCGUCUCGAAGAACGUAUUUUGUCAGCUGUUUCUCAACAAGUCCAAACUAUUCAAUUGGGUCUUAAAGAGGCUACAACCAACCCCAAUCAUGAAGUUGAAUUGGUUGGACGUAAUGUUCGUGUUAAUACUGACACUGGUAUCUUUAUUACUAUGAAUCCUGGUUAUGCUGGUCGUUCCAAUUUGCCUGAUAAUUUGAAGAAAUUGUUUAGAAGUAUGGCCAUGACAAAGCCUGAUCGUGAAUUGAUUGCCCAGGUCAUGCUUUAUUCCCAAGGUUUCCGUACAGCCGAAAUUCUAGCUUCUAAGGUCGUUCCUCUGUUUAACCUGUGUGCUGAACAACUUUCUCCUCAAUCUCAUUAUGAUUUUGGUUUACGUGCUUUGAAGAGUGUGUUAGUCAGUGCUGGUAAUUUGAAGCGUGAUCGUCUUACUUUACUUCGUUCAGAUAUUGAAGAAGGUAAAGCCGAUGCCACCGAAUAUACCACUAUCUCAGAACCAGUUCCCGAACAACAAUUGCUUAUCUCCAGUAUUCGUGAAACAGUUGAACCCAAGUUGGUCGCCGAAGAUAUUCCUCUUUUGACCAGUUUGCUUGCUGAUGUCUUCCCCGGUGUUCACUAUUCACCUGUCAAUUUGGAUCGUCUCAAGGAAGAGUUACGUAAGGUUUGUGAUGAACGUCGUCUCGUUGCUGGCGAAGCUUGGAUGGACAAGGUCAUUCAAUUGUAUCAAAUUCAAAAUAUUCAUCACGGUCUGAUGAUGGUAGGUCCUUCCGGUGCUGGUAAAUCCACUGCCUGGAAGACCCUCCUGACUGCUCUUGAGCGUGUUGAAGGCGUUGAAGGUAUUGCUUACAACAUUGAUCCUAAGGCUAUCCCCAAGGAUGCUCUUUAUGGUACAUUGGAUUCAACCACCCGUGAAUGGACUGAUGGUUUGUUUACACAUAUCCUUCGUAAGAUUGUCGAUAAUGUCCGUGGUGAAAGUCAAAAGCGUCAUUGGAUUAUUUUUGAUGGUGAUGUUGAUCCUGAAUGGGUAGAGAAUUUGAAUUCCGUCUUAGAUGAUAAUCGCUUAUUGACAUUGCCUAAUGGUGAACGUCUCAAUUUGCCUCCCAAUGUUCGUAUUAUGUUCGAAGUCGAGACUUUGAAAUAUGCUACUUUGGCUACCGUUUCUCGUUGUGGUAUGGUUUGGUUUAGUGAAGAUAUUAUUACUUUGCCUAUGGUCUUCACCAACUACCUAGAAACUUUGCGUAACGUUCCAAUGGAUGAAAUCGAAGAAGAUGGCCCUACCGCUGUUCGUCGUACUGGCGAUGGCAAUCCUUCAACUGAUGAUGGUGGAGCUUCCAUCUCACCUAAUCUUGCUACCCAACGUGCAAUUGCUGCUAUCAUGGCACCUGAUCUUUCUGACGAGAACUGUUUAGUCGCUAAGUGUUUGGAUUAUGCAUCUACUUUGGAACAUAUCAUGGACUUUACUAGUACCCGUGUCCUGUCAACAUUCUUCUCUUUGUUAAAUAAGACUGUUCGUAAUGUCCUUGAAUAUAACUCUCAACAUUCAGAUUUCCCCAUGACUGGUGACCAUUUGGAAGGUUAUAUCACAAAGCGUGUUGUUUACUCUGCUAUCUGGAGUUUCUCCGGUGAUUGUAAGCUUGAAGUUCGUGCAAUUCUCGGUGAAUUUGUUCGUGGCGUUACUACCUAUGAGUUACCUCCUGCUGCCAAUAAUUCCAGCAUCAUUGAUUACGAUAUCGCAGUAAACACUGGUCAAUGGGUCCCUUGGGAAUCUAAGGUCCCUGUUAUCGAAAUUGAAACACACAAGGUCGCUGAUGCCGAUAUGAUCAUUCCUACCGUUGACACUAUUCGUCACGAAGAAGUGUUGUAUUCUUGGUUAUCAGAGCAUAAACCUCUUAUUCUUUGUGGUCCCCCUGGUUCUGGUAAGACCAUGACUCUUUUCAGUGCACUCCGUAAGCUCCCUGAUAUGGAAGUCGCUGGUCUCAAUUUCUCUAGUGCCACUACACCUGAAUUGAUUCUCAAGACCUUUGAACAGCAUUGUGAAUACAGAAAGACUCCUAACGGUGUUAUCUUGUCUCCCACCAUGAUUGGACGCUGGCUCGUUAUUUUCUGUGAUGAAAUCAAUUUACCCGCUACUGAUAAGUACAACACUCAACGGGUCAUUUCUUUCCUCAGACAAUUGGUCGAGUACAAUGGUUUCUGGAGAACUAGUGACAAGUCUUGGGUCACUUUGGAACGUAUCCAAUUUGUUGGUGCUUGUAAUCCUCCCACUGAUCCUGGCCGUGUUCCCCUUUCUCAUCGUUUCCUUCGUCAUGCUCCUUUGGUCAUGGUCGAUUAUGCUGGUCAACUUUCUCUUAUGCAGAUUUACAGUACUUUCACUCGUGCUAUGCUUAAGGUGGUUCCCAACUUGCGUGGUUAUUCUGAACCUCUUACGGCGGCUAUGGUAGAACUUUAUUUGGCCUCCCAAAAGCGUUUUACACCCGAUAUUCAAGCUCAUUAUAUUUACUCUCCUCGUGAAUUAACACGUUGGGUCCGUGGUAUCUAUGAAGCUAUCAAACCUUUGGAAACUUUAACUGUCGAAGGAUUAGUACGUAUUUGGGCUCACGAAGCUUUGCGUCUUUUCCAAGAUCGUUUGGUCGAUGAUGAGGAUCGUAAGUGGACAGAUGAUAUGAUUGACUCGAUUGCCAUGAAACAUUUCCCAGCUCUCAACCAAGAAGAAGCUCUUGAACGUCCUAUUCUUUUCUCUAAUUGGUUGUCCAAGCAUUAUAUUCCUGUCAAGCGCGAUCAAUUGCGUGAGUUUGCAAAGGCUCGUCUUAAGGUCUUUUACGAAGAAGAAUUGGAUGUCGCUCUUGUGCUCUUUAACGAUGUACUUGAACAUGUUCUUCGUAUUGAUCGUGUAUUCAGACAACCUCAAGGCCAUCUUUUGCUUAUUGGUGUCAGUGGUUCCGGUAAAACUACUUUAUCUCGUUUCGUUGCUUGGAUGAAUGGUUUGAGCGUUUUCCAAAUCAAGGUUCAUAACAAGUAUACUGGCGCUGAUUUCGAUGACGAUCUUCGUACUGUGCUCCGCCGUGCUGGUUGCAAGGGCGAGAAGAUCUGUUUCAUCAUGGACGAAUCUAACGUAUUGGAUUCUGGUUUCUUGGAACGUAUGAACACACUCUUAGCGAACGCCGAAGUUCCCGGCCUUUUUGAAGGUGAUGAGUACUCCGCUCUUAUGACUGCAUGUAAAGAAGGUGCCCAACGCGACGGUUUGAUGCUUGACUCCAAUGAAGAAUUAUACAAGUGGUUUAACCAACAGGUUAUGCGUAACUUGCAUGUUGUUUUCACUAUGAACCCUCCCGAAGGUGGUCUUGCUUCUCGUGCUGCUACUUCUCCUGCCUUAUUCAAUCGUUGUGUUUUGGAUUGGUUUGGUGAUUGGCCCGAUCAAGCUUUCUAUCAAGUCGGUAUUGAAUUUACAAAGACCCUGGAUCUGGAUGUACCCAACUUCUCCCCCUCUUUCAACUUCCCUAUUGCUUACCGUAACUUGCCUAUUCCUCCUAGUCAUCGUCAAGCUGUUGUCAAUGCCCUUGUCUAUGUUCAUCAAUCUCUCUACGAGAUUAAUGCUAAACUCAGUAAACGUCAAGGCCGCCACAACUAUGCUACUCCUCGUCAUUUCUUAGAUUUCAUUUCUCAUUAUGUUCGUUUAUACAAUGAGAAGCGUGAAGAUUUGGAAGAACAACAACGCCAUCUUAACGUUGGUUUAGAGAAGUUGAAGGAUACUGUGAUCAAGGUCGAAGAAUUGAGAAAGAGUCUUGCCAUCAAAAAGAACCAGCUUGAAAAGAAAGAAUAUCAGGCUAAUGAAAAGAUCAAACAAAUGUUGGCGGAUGAGAAGGAAGCCGAACAAAAGAAGGCUGAUUCUUACAAGAUCAAGAGUAAUUUGAAGAUCCAAAACAAGGAAAUUGAAGCUCGUCGUACCGUUGUUGAUAACGAUUUGGCAAAUGCCGAACCUGCUGUCAAGGAAGCUGAAAACAGUGUCAGAAGUAUCAAGAGACAACAUCUUACCGAAGUGCGCUCUAUGAGUAAUCCUCCAGAAGCUGUCAAACUUACCAUGGAGUCUGUCUGUACCAUGCUGGGCCAUAAAAUCGAUAGCUGGAAGAAUGUCCAAAGUAUUAUUCGUCGUGAUGACUUCAUUUCAAGUAUUGUCAACUAUAAUACUGAAUUACAAAUCACCAAGCAAUUACGAAAGUACAUGCGUGAAAAUUUCCUCAACAACCCAAGCUUUGAACAUGAAGCCGUUAAUCGUGCCUCUAAGGCAUGUGGUCCUCUUUUCAAGUGGGUUACUGCCCAAUGUAACUUUUCUGAAAUUUUAGACCGUGUUGGUCCUCUUCGUGAAGAGUUGAAUCAAUUGCAAAGAAGCUCAGAUGAUACCAAGAAUCAAGCCGUUGAAAUCGAGCAAAUGAUUGCUGGCCUCGAAAAAAGUAUCGGUCGAUAUAAGGAUGAAUAUGCAGCCCUUGUUGGUGAAACUCAAUUGAUUAAGUCCGAAAUGGAACGUGUCAAGUUCAAGGUCGAUCGUAGUAUCACACUUUUGAGUUCUUUGUCUUCUGAAAAGACUCGUUGGGAAUCUGCUAGUCAAGCCUUUGAAAGUCAAAUGGGUACUAUUGUUGGCGACGUUCUUUUGGCUGCUGCCUUUAUGGCCUAUGGCGGUUACUUUGAUCAACAAUAUCGUGAUAUUCUAAUUCAAAAAUGGAUGGAUCAUCUUUUGGCUGCUAAUAUCCAAUUCAAACAUGAGGUAUCACUCACCGAAUAUCUCUCUACUGCUGAUGAUCGUCUUUCCUGGCAAGCGAACUCACUCCCUGUUGAUCAACUUUGUAUCGAGAAUGCCAUCAUGCUCAAGCGUUUUGAUAGAUACCCAUUAAUCAUUGAUCCUUCUGGUCAAGCUACAAACUUUUUGAUCAACGAAUAUAAGGAUCGUAAGAUUACAGUCACUAGUUUCUUGGACGAUUCAUUUAUCAAAAAUCUUGAAAGUGCUUUACGUUUCGGUAAUCCUAUUUUGAUUCAAGAUGUCGAACAUUUAGAUCCCAUUUUGAACCCUGUCCUUAACAAGGAAUUGCGUCGUACUGGUGGUCGUGUUUUGAUUCGUUUGGGUAGUCAAGAUAUCGAUUUCUCGCCUGCUUUUACUCUCUUCCUUUCCACUCGUGAUCCCUCAGUCAACUUUGCACCCGAUAUCUGUUCUCGUGUCACAUUUGUUAAUUUCACUGUUACUCGUGGUAGUUUGCAAAGUCAAUGUUUGAACAAGGUGCUCAAGGCUGAACGUCCCGAUGUCGAUCAAAAGCGUACAGAUUUGAUCAAGCUUCAGGGUGAAUUCCAGCUUAAAUUGCGUCAUCUUGAAAAGUCCCUCUUACAAGCCUUGAAUGAGUCAAAGGGUAAUAUCUUGGACGAUGACAAGGUCAUUGAUACAUUAGAAACAUUAAAGAAAGAAGCAGCAGAAAUUACUCGAAAGGUUGAUGAAACGAACACUGUCAUGCAAGAAGUCGAGCAAACAACUGCUAUUUACACUCCUCUUGCUCAUGCUUGUAGUUCUAUUUUCUUCGCUAUGGAGCAACUCAAUUUGGUCAACCAUUUCUAUCAAUUCUCUUUAGAUUUCUUCUAUGAAAUCUUUGAAUAUGUUAUUCAUGCUAAUCCUAAUUUGAAGGGUAUUGUAGAUCCUACCGAACGUUUGGAAAUUUUAUCUCGAGACUUAUUCUCUGCUGCCUACAAGCGUGCUUCUCGUACUUUGGUACAUGAAGAUUAUACAAUGUACGCCGUUUUGCUUUGUCAAAUUCGUAUCCGCGGUACUCAAGAAAAUAUGGAUGAAAGUGAAUACGAUUUCCUCUUAAGCGGUGGUGAUGCCGUUGUUGGUUCUACUUUGACAGCUGCUGGUAUGAACAUGCCUAACUUUAUCUCUGACGAAACUUCUCAACGUAUCAAGGAAUUCUCAACCCUUCCUUGCUUCAACAAGAUGAUUGAACAUAUAAUUAUGAACGAAGAUGAAUGGAGAGCAUUUGCCGAACAUGAUAGUCCCGAAACUAUUGUCCCUCUUUGUUGGGAAGGUGCUGGAAGAAGCCCUGCUUUGGAUUCUCUGCGUAAAAUGUUGGUCAUCAAGUGUUUCAGAUCCGACCGAUUAUUACCUGCCACAUCCAUCUUUGCAACUGAGAUCUUUGAUAGCGAGUUUAUGAACUCUGGUGAGCUGAAUUUACAACAAAUCGUCAUGGAAGAAGUCGGCAGUGCUACUCCUUUAGCUUUCUGUUCCGUUCCUGGUUAUGAUGCAAGUUACCGUGUUGAUAAUUUGGUCGCUGAAAACAACACGCGUUGUACUUCUGUAGCUAUGGGUUCUGCCGAAGGUUUUGCGUUAGCCGAUCAAGCUAUCUCUACUGCCAUCAAGACAGGUAAUUGGGUCAUGUUGAAGAAUGUUCAUUUAGCACCAUCUUGGCUCGGUCAACUGGAAAAGAAAUUGCAUAGUAUGAAGCCUCACCGUAACUUCCGUCUCUUUUUGACAAUGGAAACCAAUCCAAAGGUCCCUGUCAAUUUAUUGCGUAUGUCCCGUAUUUUGAUGUUCGAACCUCCUCCAGGAAUCAAGGCCAAUCUUCAAGAAUCUCUUCGUAGUAUUCCUCCUUCUCGUUUAUCCCGUGGACCCACUGAACGUGCUCGUCUUUAUUUCAUGUUAGCAUGGCUUCAUGCCGUAGUCCAAGAACGUUUGAGAUAUGUGCCUCUUGGUUGGACUAAGGUUUAUGAAUUCAACGAUUCUGAUCAAGAUUGUGCAUUUAAUACCAUCGAUAAAUGGUUAGAUACCGCAUCCGGCGGUCGAGCCAAUAUCUCACCCGAAAAGAUUCCUUGGGAUGCUAUUCGUUCUCUUUUGAAGCAAUCCAUUUAUGGUGGUCGUAUCGAUAACGAGUAUGAUCAACGUCUUUUGGAUUCCUUUGUCAAUAACUUGUUUACGCCUGAAUGUUACGAUAUUGAUUUCCAACUUGUUAAGGGUAGCGGUGAACAUGAAAAGUCAAUCGUUGUACCUGAUGGUACCAAAAUGGAACAAUUCUUGGAAUGGGUCAACAAAUUACCCGAUCGUGAGCCUCCUACAUGGCUUGGGUUGCCUUCUAAUGCAGAACGUGUUCUUUUGACUCUCAAGGGUAAUAAGAUGUUGUCUAAGGUCCGUAAAAUGAAGAGUUUGAGUGAUGACGAUGAAACUGCCUUUACACCCGAGACUGCUGGUGCUGCAAGUAAACAAGUCGCCACUACUGCACAACCUGCUUGGAUGCGUGCCUUGAAUAUUUCUAUUACUAACUGGUUGAGUCUUUUGCCUGCUAACAUUAAGGUGAUGCAACGUGAUAGCUCUGGUAUUAUGGAUCCUUUGUUCAGAUUCUUUGAGCGUGAAAACCAAAUUGCUCGUAAACUGUUACGUAUCAUUAAGGAAGAUUUGAUUUCAUUACAAAAGGUGUGUGUCGGUGAACUGAAGCAAACGAAUCAUUUACGUCAAUUGAUGAACUGGUUAAAUAAGGGUCUUAUUCCUGAUCAUUGGAAGAGAUACAAGGUUCCCCGUAGCGCGUCUUUAAACUCAUGGUUGGCUGAUCUUAAGUUACGUCUCGAUCAAGUAGAAGCUCUUUCUCAAGAAACAUCAUUUGAUCAAGUUGAAAUUGCUAUCGGAAGUCUCUUUACACCUGAGGCAUAUGUUACUGCUACAAGACAAGCUACCGCUCAACGUUAUAAAUGGUCUCUUGAAGAACUCGUAUUGGAUGUUGAUAUUGGAGAAAUUAAACAAGAUGCCGCAGGAUACCGUAUUCGUGGUUUAAAGAUGGAAGGUGGACAAUGGGAUAAUAACGAAAUCUGUUUGACAUCUGAACCAAGCAGUAAAUUGCCAAAGACAGCUAUUAGAUGGAUUCGUAAAGAUCAAAGAAAAGAAGUCAAGAAUAUUGUCGAAUUACCUGUGUAUCUCAAUUCUGACAGAACCGAUUUAUUGUUUACAAUUAGCGUACCUGCAAACGCUGAAGAAAAAGACAGAAUUCCUCAAAGAGCCGUGGCUCUCAUCAUGUCUUUUUAAUUCAUUAUUUGUCCACCCCCCAAAUUUUAAAAAAUAAAAAAGUCUUCAUAUCAGUUUUUUGAAAGUUUGGCAACAGUAAUAAGUG